AUGGUGGGGGAUGAUGGACCUGAGGGAUGGAGAGAGGGGUUUGAUGUGGCGUCCGGGGGAGGAGGGAUUGGGUUGGGAACAGAGGGCGAUGAGAGGACAAUGAAUGUUGAAACAGAUGAUGUGCUACCCAUUGGACUAAGUAAAAAUUAUACCCAAAAUUUCAUGGAUGUUGAUGGUGAAUUGCAUAUAGCUCUUGUAGGCCCGAAUGAGAUGACUUUCAUAGGAGAGGCGCCAUACGAAGGAAAAGAAUUUGCUACAUUGGAGGAGGCAUACAACUAUUACAAUUCUUAUGCCAAAAAAAUGGGUUUUGGAAUCCGUAAGGAAACUGCUGAUAAGUCAAGAAAGACAAGAGAAAUUAUUUCUCAAGUUUUUGUUUGUAACAAGGCAGGGAGAAAAAGGUUAUCAGAUAAGAGAGAUUGUGGGAAACUUGUCAAUCGCCGUCCAGAUACUAGAGUGGAUUGCAAAGGCAUCAUUGAUGAAGAAUAUAUUACUGCACAACAAUGUAUUGAUCACAUCAGAACUAUUAGGAAGAACAACAUUGGCAAUGAAUGCAUAUCCAUCAUAAAGAAUUUUCAAGAUAGGAAGGAAAUCGAUCCAGAAUUUUAUUUUUCCAUAGAGCUGGAUCAGUCGGGGACUAUAAGGAGCGUGUUUUGGACUGAUGGGAGAUCAAGAUCUUCUUACUUAAGUUUUGGAGAUGUAGUGGUGUUCGACGUCACAUAUAAAACCAAUCAUUUGAGCCUACCGUUUGCUCCAUUCACAGGUGUAAAUCAUCAUCGGCAGUCCAUUCUCUUUGGUUGUGCGUUACUUGCAGAUGAGCAGGAGGAUACCUUUAUUUGGUUGUUCACUCAAUGGCUAAAAUGCAUGCAUGGGGUUGCACCAAAAGCAAUUAUUACUGAUCAAGAUGCACAAAUAGGAGGAGCUAUCAAACAAGUUUUUCCUAAUACCCGCCACCGUUUUUGUUCUUGGCAUAUUGGCAGACAUAUUGCCGAGCAGCAACUUCCAAUGAAAGCACAAUAG